CACACAAAAAAUGUAGAAACAUUAGGCACCAAAUCAAAAUGGCCUUGGACCCUUAGCCCUCAUGCCCUCAAAAAAUAAUAUGGAUAUUCAAAGUCAGCUACAACAUUUUCACAGGGAAAGAUCAUGUUUACAGAAGCGUUUUAUUGGGUUGUGUCUACUGGUAGUCAUGUGUUUUCUGGUUGUAUUGUCUUAUGUGGGAAAUGAAAGAAAAAAACGCCCCUCACCCAGCGAAGAGUCUCAGACACUAAUAAGCUCUUUUUACUCUGAAUUUGGAAUCAGUUUAGACGCCUACUCCAGGUUACAGCAGGCUGUUUACUGGCCAGAGCCUGACAGAUCAAUCACAAAUGUGUCCAUGAGUACUAGUUCAGCCCACACUACAUUCAUCAUUGAGAACCUGAAAGAGAGCUACCAAACUGGUGAGGAACUUUUUGUUACGGUGCACGCGAAGGACUUUGACAAUACAUCCAAGAGUUAUGGAGGUGACUUUUUUCAAGCCAAGCUGUUUUGGUCUGAAACUAAGGCCAGUGUGUUUGGGGAGGUGGUGGACCUGCUUAACGGCUCCUACUCAGUGCGUUUUCUUCUGCCGUGGGUCGGCGAGGCCCAAGUGGCUGUGCGUCUAAUUCAUUCCAGUGAAGCUGUGCAGGUCCUGAAACAUCACAGAGAUACUGACUCUGACAGAGUUUACUUUAAUGGAUCUUAUGAGGGACCAGGACCAGAUAAGACCAGGUUAAGAGAAACAGUGACAUGUAAUGUGAAGUGGGACAAGAAUGGACUAGAGCGUAUGGGAACUGGAGACUGUUGCUGUGAAUACAAUGAUCCUCGUACUCAAGAAACAUGGCGCUGCCAGAGACCCAAAUCGCUGCCAUGCAGCGCCCUUGUGUACCACUCUAUGGGUGGUUAUAGAAACCAUCUGACUAAUAAGGAAAAGAUGCUUAUGAGGCAAACUAACAAAGGUAUCAAUGGAGAUGAAAGCAUCAUCAAAAUUGUUCAUUCCCAUGGAAAUCAAAUUACUGGUAUGUUGGUCAAUAGUUUAACACAGAGGAAUAGUAGAUUACUGGGGUGCAGAGAUGCUGGGAAAUAUGUAACAGAGAAAUGUCGUCCUGGUUUACACACUCCAGUUCCAGCUGGCUUUUACUUGAAUGAUGUGUGGACGUCUUUUGUCUGUAGCACCCGCCAUUUUACCACCCAAACAACAACAGCGUGCCUGAAAGACAAACACAUCUACAUGAUGGGAGACUCUACUAUGAGACAGUGGUUUGAGUUCUUUGUGAAAGCAGUGCCAACGCUGAAGAAGAUGAACCUGCAUGUCCAAUAUCAGUCAGGGCCGCUCAUAGCAGUGGAUGUGGAGAACAACAUUGACUUACACUGGAGGGCUCAUGGUGUUCCUCUGCGCACUCUAAAAACAGCAGUUGCUGAUUUGCACUACAUCAGUAAUGAGAUCGAUGACCAGGCUGGAGGACCCCACACUGUCUUUAUAUUCAAUCUGGGACCUCAUUUCACCACGUACCCUCUGGAUUUCUACACCCAUAGAGUGUUGAGGAUCCGCAAAGCUGUUCUAGCAUUGUUACAGCGGGCGCCUGACACUACCGUUAUCAUCAAGACUGUCAACACUGGCUAUAAGGAUAUUUUUGGCAGUGACUGGUAUUCUCUACAGUUGAACAGAGUUCUGCAUUGGGCUUUUCAGGAUGUUGGUGUUUAUAUUCUGGAUGUGUGGCAAAUGACGGCCUGUCACUACAGCGAAGAGAAUAUUCAUCCAGGCCCUGUCAUCAUCAAAAAUGAGAUUGACAUUUUACUCUCUUUUAUUUGCCCUGAUUGAAUUAAAAUUAUUUGUUUUUACUACAGGUAAAAAUUGUGCAAAAACUACCCUGAAAGUGCAAGUGUUUUAAAGAAGUCUGUGCAUGUCUACUGUAAACAGGUCACAUACACACUGGCAAAGGCAACGAUUUAUGUUUCUGCCGGUGGGUGCUCAAACCCAAACCCCAACCAAAUAAAACACAUAAAACACAUUUUUUGCCACUGUUUCCACGACUAUACAAUAAGUAGGAUAAGUUGACAUAAAACAUUUUCAAUUAUUUCAUUCUCAUUACUCAGUCAUUAAUUAUACUGUUUUAUUUUUUUUCUAGAGUAUAGUCCGUUGGAUGCUGCGUUUGAUAAAUUCGCAACACAACAUUAAUCUUGCGAAGUGAAACGCAUGUACUGCAAAUACAUUAUUUAGAAACCAACACACAUUCUUUCUAUGAGGGCUGUGCUUCACUAAAUAAAAUGAUUUAAUAAAUA